AUGGGCGACGUCGAGCUGACCUCUGACGGGCUCGUUGGCCUCGACUACAGCCCUCGAGCGUACCUGGCGUCUCACUCAUGGCCUGACCAGGCGGAGUCCACCACGACCACCUCUGCCGGCCACUACGAUGCCACCACCACGGUCGCCCCGGACCCGGGACUCAUGGCGGAGUGGCACUUUCAGCGUCUCCAGCCCCAUCUGCAGUUCCAGCACCAGCACCAGCAGCAGCAGCAUCAGCAGCAAGACUACGCGUAUACCACUGUGCCGCUGCAGUCGCCCAUAGGACUGCCCAUGCUGCCCGUCACGGAGACGGAGGUCCACCAGAUGGACGCCGGCAUGCUCGAUGGCUCCUAUAUACCCCUCUCCACGCCGGUAGACAUGGUCCCCUUCACCUGGCACGACUUCCACGCCGAGCUUGGUGCCUUUCCCCUCGACGGCAUGGGCGGUGGCGGUGCUGGCCCGUAUCAGCCGGAGAGCGGUAGCUCGCCCGUUGACAGCUACCUCGAGGCCCGCUCCCUCACCAGCUCCAGCAGCGACAACGGGUGGACGGCCAUCGACAGGGCUCACUCCAUCGACUCCUCGCCCUUCCACGACCACCACCAGCACCACCACCACCAGCACCACCCCAUCUUCAUCAACCCCAGCCAGACGCUGCACAACCGCAGCCUGUCGGAGUCCUCCUUCUCGGACCACCACUCCCUCCACUCCAGGAACUCGUUUGGCUCCUUUGUCGACGUCUCGCCGCACAUGCACUCGCCCGGCUCGGAGUCUGCCCUCGAGUUCGACUACGGCGUCCCCCUGCCCCGUCGUGUCUCCUGCGACCUCAUCUCGCACGGGUCCAUCUCCCCCGCCGCCGUCAGCCCCAUCGCCAUGUGCGGCCCAUGCCGAGGAAGCAGGCCCAGCGAGAUACGCAAGCUCAGAGCCUGUCUCCGCUGCAAGUUCCUCAAGAAGACCUGCGACAAAGGAGAGCCGUGUACCGGGUGCCAGCCCUCGCACGCCCGUCUCUGGCAGGUCCCGUGCACCCGCAUCGACAUCAAAGAGAUCGGCUACUUCAUGAAAGACUGGAAGGCCGACUACGAGCGCCACGUCACCCUGGGCUUCUCGGUCGGUAACAUCACCGGCUUCUCCGACUCGGAGCGCACCCUCUUCAUCACCCACGGCUACGGCCAGGUCCUGCCCGUCAAGGCCAGAGAGGUCUACGUCCACGACGAAGAGUGCUUCAACCUCGACUGGGUGGAGUCCAUGAACCGCCCGGCCAACCACUUCGACCUCAAGACCGCCAAGCUCUCGGCCGGCAUGGAGGGAAUCUCCACCGCCAUGCUCUCGGACUACCUCGACCGCCACAUCGACGGCAACGGCACCUACGAAAGCUUCGUCGACGAGUACUUUGCCGGAACCCCCUUCAUCACCCAGAUGCUCAAGACGGCCUACCGCUUCUACUUCCGCACCAAGCUGCCCGUCAUCCGCAAGGCCCUCAAGCUCACCCUCGCCUACAACCUGACCAUGCACGUCACCAUGGUCGAGGGCCUCGGCGAGCUCGAAGAAGAAGCCUUCUCCGGCAAGGUCGAGGACUCCGACAGCCACUACAAGGGCAAGGUCAUGGCCCCCGUCAUGAUAAACUUCCAGGUCAAGUGUGCCAUGGCCAACAUGUGGAGAGAGCUGCAGAAGGACGUCCUCGAGGAGCUCUCCGCCCUCUACUCCAGCGUCUACAGCGGCGAGAAGCUCAAGAACUGGCCCAUCAUCUUCAUGCUCGCCACCAUCCUCCUCGCCGUCUGGGAGGAGAUGCAGUUCGACUGCCACUACCGCGUCCAGGACCCCGUCGCCGUGACCAAGUUCUGCAACGACAUGGAGACCAUCCCCGUCGGCGUCAUCGUCGGCCUCUUCCAGGCCAUUUCCCAGAAACUGCCCGCCCUCACCGACUGGGACACCGCCCAGCACCAGCAGAUCUUCAACUUCAACUCGGACGUCUGCGCCGCCAUGACGGAGGUCCGCGGCCACGUACGGCAGUACGAGCAGUACCUCCGUGGCCGAGGCGAGUCCUCCACCUUCGACCGCGAGGACUUUGACUGCCUCUCCAACAAGUUCGUCAGCCGGCUGGUGAUAAGGGCCAAUUGA